CGACAGCGAAUGAAACGUGUGACGUCCGUUCCUCCUCGUGGUGGUAGGUAGCAGAAUCGCCAGGCGCGUCUCGCUUCGAGAACAACGCCCGUCGAUUUUUUUUGUCUUCGAGGUGAAAUGACAGAUCAAUUGCUGGCCCAGGCGACAUUCAACUUCAAAGCUUCCCCUCGCCCAUCGCUCAAGUCAAGAGACGCGGCCAUCCUCCCAUAUCCGACCAGCUAGCUUCGCCCCCAAAACUACUCUCCUCCCCCCCCCUUUCAACGCCAAAUGGCCGGAGGACAAGCCAGCAGCAAGCCGUCGUCGACGCCGGCGGACGAUGCCCUCUCUCCGCAGCGCUUCGAGCGGGAGCUCAAGAGCCUCGCGGCCAAGGCCCGGAGCGACACGUGGGCGGGCCGGACGCGCAGGCAGCUCGUCGUCUACCUCCGGGCGGCGCUCCUGCUGGCGCUGCUGGGCGUCUACUCCAACGUCUCGCAGCUCAACCUGUCGCCCGUGUACGGGGCCAUCCCCGCGGCCAUCUGGCACUCAAAGGUCCUCAUGGCGGGCUGCUUCGCGGGCUGGGCCGGCAACGAGGCGCUGCGGCGGUCCCUCCCCGUGAGCGCCGCGCAGGCCCUCCCGCUCGUCGCGCUGUACACGCCCGCGCUGCAGUUCUUCCUCGCGGGCCUCAGCGGGCGGCUCGGCGCGCAGUGGGGGCCCGUCGCGACCGAGGCGCUGACGCUGUUCCCGCUCGCGGCCCUGACCGCCGCCGCCGUGGCCGACGACCUCGAGGGGGACGGCGGCGGCGGCGGCGCGCGCCUCACCAUGCUGCCGGGGUUCGUGGCCGACGCGGCUCCCGGUCUCGGCUCCUGGGGCAUGCUCAAGCUCGUGGAGCAGCGCGCGGGCGAGCACCUGCGCGCCAACAUGGGCCGCGCCGUCGCCGUGUACACGCGCCUCGGGCUGGAGCUCCUCCUGGGCGUCGCGUACGCCGUGGUGGCGCGCUCGCGGUUCCUCGUCUACGCGGCGCCGCCGCUGCUGCACACGCUCGUCGCGAACCCGCACGUCGCCUCCCCCGCCGCCACGCAGGCCCUCGUCAGCCGCAUGAUGUCGGACAACUGGCUGCUCAUCGAGCGCCGCGAGUCCGUCACGGGCUACCUCUCCGUCGUGCAGAACAUGCGCGAGGGGUUCCGCGCCCUGCGCUGCGACCAUAGCCUCCUCGGCGGCAACUGGGUCCAAGCGGCGGCGGACGGCGACGUCUCGGAGCCCAUAUACGGCGUCUUUGCCAUGCUCGAAGCUGUGAGGCUGGCGGAGAGCGCCAAGCCCGUGGCCGACGAGGACGCCCAUGCCCUGGUCGUCGGCCUGGGCGUCGGCACCACGCCCUCGGCCUUUGUCACUCUCGGCAUCAACACGACCGUGGUCGAGAUUGACCGCUCCGUCUACGAGCUGGCCGCAAAGUACUUCCAGCUCAAGGAGAACAACCCGCCCGUCAUUGCCGACGCUGUGAGCUACACGGCCGCCCUGGCUGCUUCGGCCCCGGAGACGUACGACUACAUCGUCCACGACGUCUUCACCGGCGGCGCAGAGCCCGUGGAUCUGUUUACGCUCGAGUUCUUCCAGGGUCUCGCGGCGCUGCUCAAGCCCGACGGCGCUGUCGCCAUUAACUACGCCGGCGACCUCAGCCUGCCGACGCCGAAGCUCAUCUACCGCACAAUCAAGCACGUCUUCCCCACCUGCCGCAUCUUCCGCGAGUCGCCCGUCGACGCCGAGGCGGCCAAGGGCCACGCGCCCGACUUCACCAACCUGGUCAUCUUCUGCAAGAAGACGGCCGGGCCGCUGAGGUUCCGCGCGCCGACCGCCCGCGACCUCCUGCGGAGCCCGGCCAGGGAGGAGUUCCUGGCCCUGAAGCACGAGGUGGCCCAGGACGUGCUGCUGUCCGGCGAGGACGCCUCCGUGCUGUCGCGCAACGACACGAGCGCCGUGGUCAAGUGGCACGAAACGAGUGCCUUGGGUCACUGGGCCAUUAUGCGGAAUGCCCUACCAGACAUGGUGUGGGAGCAGUGGUGAUGUGGAUUUUAAAGAGCUUUUUUUCUCUUCUUUCUUUUGCCAGCAUAAGCGUAAAAAUUAACUGCUUGCUCUGGAGGUGCGUGCAUUGCACGCGCGCGCGUACUACAACGAAAACUGAGGAGCCACACCAUGCCCGCGCGAUUCCAUUAUGCAGGUCACUCUUGAUGCCCCUCUUGACAAACCUUGAUCCCCCCCCCUCCCCUCCCCCUCUUAUUCUAUUCAGACUUCUUGUUCGCCGCUUUGAGCGCCACCUCCUUGCUGUCCCUGCUGAACUCGUCGAAGAAUUCGGACGCAUACUUGGGCAGGGCGAUGCGGUUGUGCCCACUGGGGACAGGCUCGCCCAUGGUGGAGUAGAUGGGCACUACACCCGUCCACACCUUGUUGAGGGCAUCUUCGUCUUCGAGGUCGUGCUUAUCGUCAUUGACGCCCCCGUCGCGGAACUUUGCGCUGCCCGAGGCGAUCCUGACGCGGAGGAUGCUCGUGCUCUGCAUCUCGGCGCCCGUGGGGGGCAGGCGUGUGUUGUGCCAGCGCUGGGGCACGACGCUAUCGGUGAUGAGCUCCAUGGCGUAGAGCUUCUCGGCGUCGUCGGUGACGAGGGCGGCGUGCCCGAAGAGCACGGCGGAGCGGUAGUUGUAGGAGUGGCUAAAGGCGGAGACGGCGAGGACGAGCCCGUCGACGUGGGAGGCGGACACGCAGACGGGGACGCCCUCGGCGCCGGCGUCGCGCCCGACGUUGAACAUGCGCGCCGAGACGUAGCCGUGGACGUACAGGUCCAGCGGGUCGCCGAGCGAGGCGCUGGGGCGGUCGAAGGAGCCCAUCUGCCCGAUCAUAGGCAGGGUGACGGGGAAGGGCGAGUCCCCGGGCGGGUUGAAGGACACGUGCAGCAGCAGCGUGCUGUUGAUGAGGCCGUGGAUCUUCUCCAGCGCGUAGAUGCCUAGUUUUAUGCGUGCCGCCGGGCGUGCGUGUUAGUGAGGAAGAGCGCUGCGCGCGAGGCGCGG